UGAACACAACACAAAAGCGAAGCUUUCACCGGGCAGAUGGUUACCAAGGUAGAUUGGUAAACAUCGUGAAAAAUAAAAGAAAAUAAAUAAGCUACAAAAUAUUCAUUGUGGCUUAAUGACUUGGCAUAAACUAUGAGUAAAUUGUGUUGUACCCAUAUAGCAGAUUAUAAAAAGUUAAAAGGAAUAGAUGUUUAUUCUAAAAUUCAUGCAAACUAUAUUACUUGUAUAAAACAAAGUGCGCGUACUCAAAAGAUAAGGGAAUGUUUCUGCCAUAUCUGUAAAACUAGAUCUCAUCGACUUCAUGCUUGUCUAGAAUGCUCGUUUGUUGGUUGUUUUGACAGAGAACAUAUCCAAGCACAUGCUGAUCUUAAUAAACAUUCAAUUGCUAUUGAUGUCACAUUUGGCAAUGUCUACUGCUUCAGUUGCAAAGAUUACAUGUAUGACAUAGAACUUAAUUUGUCUAAGAGAUAUUCUGGUUUGUGGCAACCUGGAGAAAGUGAUACAACUUUGAUUAAUGCAUGUGAAAGUGGGAGAAUUGUUCGCAGCAAGUUUCUAGGCUUAAGAGGACUUGUCAAUUUAGGCCAGACAUGCUAUAUGAAUUGUAUAGUUCAAGUACUAACACACAACCCUCUGUUAAGAAAUUAUUUCCUAUCUGAUAAACACAACAUCUACACAUGCCAAUUUAAUUGUGAUCGACAAACUUGCUUAGCUUGUGAAAUGUCUGCGUUAUUUCAAGAAUUUUACUCAGGCCAGCAAGUACCACACAUUCCAUACAAACUAGUUUACAUAAUUUGGAAGCAUGCCAAGCACUUAGAUGGCUAUGAUCCACAAGAUGCCCACGAAUUUUUUAUAACAAUGCUUGACGUCCUACACGAGCAUUCAAAAAAUCCGAAAGAAGAUGAUAGCUCUUGCCAAUGUAUUAUCCAUAAAAUAUAUACUGGUCGCUUACAAUCUGAUAUUCUUUGCAUGCAUUGCAAAUAUACUCAACCCGAGAUGCUUCAUAGUAGUUGUGAUAGUUGUCAACAAUAUGGGUUAUCUAAAAAGCAGCUAACAGUACAGAAACUUCCUGUUGUAAUUAGCUUCCAUCUAAAACGUUUAGAAUUUGGCAAAAAAAUUACAACUUAUGUUAAAUUUCCUGAAUACCUCAAUAUGACUCCAUUUGUAUCAUCAAUACGUGGUACAUCUUCUAGGACUAAUGAAGAAAGUUCAUUUAGUAAUUCUCCUUACAAUAGUAGUGAUAAUAACUUUUGUUUGUUUGCUGUUGUUAACCACACUGGAAAUAAAGAAGGUGGUCACUAUAUUUCAUUUAUUAAAAUGAAGCAGAAGUGGUAUAAGUGUGAUGAUGACAUGAUAACGAAUGCUACCGUAAAUGAUGUCCUCGUGAGCGAAGGGUACCUGUUAUUCUAUCACAAAGAAGUAGUCGAUUACAACAAGAAGGAUUGAUUUUUUAUAAUCCCAAACCACUUGUGUUCGAAAUUGUGAUCUUUUUUAAUAAAAAUAAUAGACUGACUUUUGGUAGUGACGUGGUGCAUGAAUCUAAGUUUUGCUCAAAACAAUGUUCGGAGCUUCAAGAAAACCUUGACUUCCUCUUUUACCUUUGGCCGUGACACUUAUUAAAUCUUUCUUUGUUGCUCUUGUGACUAGCAUGAAUGUGUUGAAUAAGAGGGUUUGAUUACACAUAUGAUUUUAAAUAUCUUGUGACAAAUGACUGUAUCUCAAAGAUAUUUAAAUACUAUGAGCUUUAGCUCUGUUCCUUGUGUAUUAUUGAAUGUUUCUUUGCCAAUUUAUGUUUUGUAGAAUAAAUUCAAUGUGAGCUUAGAGCACAUUUUCCCAUCUUGUUGACCUGAAACGUAUAAAUUGUCUUAUUUAUUCUUUUUUUUUUAUCAAUUCGAUUAAUGAAUUUUUUUAAAAGAAUAUAAAUUCCUUAUAAUAAAAUUGUAGAUGGUUAUUUACAGAAACUAUGUAUUGUGCUUUCUAAUGUACUGUAUGGUGUUUUAUGUUAAAAUAAAUUAAAGAGAAGUCGA